AUGCGUCCUGGCCACUCGUGGCUUGCUUCUGUCUUCGCUCGCAAUGCUAACCCACCUUUGCGACAGCCAAUGGUCCAACCCGGCAAUGCGGAUGAAUUCGAGCAGUGUUGGGAGAAGCUUCGCCAGGCGCUUCGCGAUAUCCACAACAAGAAUGCCGGCAACCUCUCCUUCGAACAACUCUAUCGGUACUCCUACAAGAUCGUCCUUAAGAAGGCAGGUCAAAAGCUCUACGACCGGGUCAAGGAUUUCGAGGAACAAUGGUUCGCCGAGCAAGUCAUGCCCCCCAUCUGGGCUCUUAUCACCAAGAACCUCAUCAGCAUCACUCUGGACGAGGCUCCCGGUACGAGUGUGGUCGAGCGUCGUGCCAUGGGCGAGAAGUUCCUCAAGGGUGUGCGAAGUUCCUGGGAGAGCCAUAACAUGUCCAUGAACAUGAUCGCCGACAUCCUCAUGUAUCUCGAUCGUGGCUACACCCAGGACCACAGCCGACCCUCUAUAUACGCCACCACGAUUGGUCUGUUCCGCGACAACAUUUUACGGUCGACUCUGGGCGACACCGAACCCAAGUACCAGGUCUUCGACAUCCUCAAUGCCACCAUCAUAGACCAGGUCAAUAUGGAGAGAGAGGGCGACGUCAUCGACAAGGCACUUUUGCGUAGUUGCAUAUCCAUGCUGGAGGGUCUCUUUGAGACAGACCAGGAGCACGAGGAGGAGCGGAUAUAUAUGACCACAUUCGAACCUGUUUACGUCCGUGCUAGCCACGUCUUUUACAAGGCUGAAGGCGAGAGGCUGAUUCGCGAGGGAGAUGCUAGCGUCUGGCUCCGUUGUACCAGACGUCGCCUUAAUGAGGAGGCAGCCCGCUGCCAGACAACCAUAUCCAAUCUGACUGGGCCCAAGAUCGCGCAGGUGAUUGACGAAGAACUGAUCUCGAGACAUCUGGCAGACUUCCUGAACCUCGAAGGCAGCGGCAUUCGUGCUAUGAUCGACAACGAUAGAAUCGAGGAUCUUAGCAUCUUGUAUUCGCUUGUCUCCCGUGUAGACCCGCAGAAGGUUGCAUUGCGCAAUGCCCUAUCCCUCCGGAUUACGGAGUUGGGUACCGAAAUUGAGCAGACGUUGAAGAGCAUCGAUUUCAGCGUUGCUCAACAGGCCGACGCUGACGAGGCAGCUGACGGUGCCGAUAAACCUAAAGCAAAGACUUUAAAUGCCUCGGCUCAGCAGACAGCGGCGGCAGUCAAGUGGGUAGAGGAUGUUCUGGUACUCAAGGACAAGUUUGAUCGGUUAUGGACCAAGUGCUUCGGAGAAGAUCUUGUCCUCCAGACAACACUGACCACCAGCUUCUCGGACUUCAUCAAUCGGUUCGAGCGGGCGGCAGAGUAUGUCUCACUUUUCAUUGACGACAACCUGAAGCGCGGCAUAAAGAGCAAGACGGAAGCCGAAGUCGAUGUUGUCCUUGACAAGGCCAUCACACUCCUUCGCUACCUCUCGGAGAGGGACAAGUUUGAACAGUACUACCAGAAGCAUCUCGCACGCCGGUUGCUACACGCCCGGUCUGAGAGCCAAGAAGUUGAGCAAGAGAUGAUCUCUCGCAUGAAGAGAGAGCUUGGCAACAAUUUCACUUCCAAGUUCGAGGGGAUGUUCAAGGACAUGAGCGUUUCCCGAGAGACAACAGAUGAGUACCGUGUUCACGUCCGUGGCCUGGGAGAGGUGGAUGAGAAGCAGAUCGACUUGAGCAUUUCGGUUCUCGGCAUCAACAACUGGCCCAGAGAGGUCCUGGGUCGCUUUUCCGGUCCUGCAGAUGAGGAUCGCGUCGAAGCAUCCUACCCGCACGAGAUACUGAAAUUACAGGAUAGCUUCUUCGAGUUCUAUACCAAGAACCGCAACGGUCGAGUCCUCAACUGGAUUGGUAGCGCCGGUUCAGCCGAUAUCAAGUGCGUGUUUCCGAAGAUUCCCGGCAAGACGACUGGGCCACUCAGCCGGGAACGGCGCUACGAGAUCAACGUGGGCACUUACGGCAUGAUUGUGCUCAUGCUUUUCAAUGAUCUGGAGAAGGACCAGUGGCUGUCUUUCGAGGAUAUCCAGGCUGCAACCAAUAUUCCGCAACCAGAUCUCAUCAAUGUGUUGACGUCACUCUCGGUGAUCAAGGCCUGCCGUGUGCUUCUCCGGGAGGCGCAAACCAAGUCAGCUGUCAAACCCGGCGACCGCUUUACCUUCAACCGCGAGUUCGUGGGCAAGACCAUCAAGAUCAAGGUGCCAUCGGUCAACGCAGCAAACAAGGUGGAGAACGACGACGAGCGCAAGGAGACCGACGAGAAGAAUCUGAAGAGUCGGAAGUACGUGACCGAUGCGACUAUCGUCCGUAUUAUGAAGCAACGUAAGGAGCUCGGUCACACCCAGCUUAUCACCGAGGUCCUCCAGGUCCUGGCCGGUCGCUUUAAGCCCGAGGUGUCCCUGAUCAAAGGCCAAGUUGAGGCACUGCUACAACGAGAAUACAUAGAGCGAAGUGAGUUUGCCGACGGUUCACCAGCUUACCGAUAUGUGGCUUGA